CAAUUACAAAUCACGUGUAAAGACCAAUCACGUCUGACACCAGGCCGAGCCUUUCUUAAAAGGCCUUUUGGAUUGUGUACUUUCUACCUGUAGGAAAACGAUAAGUAAAUCAAAACAAAACGUACUAGUUAUUGAUAUGAAAGUGAAAUGCAUAACUCGCGUAGUUCUAUGUUUGAUUACCGGUAUUUUCUCUAGCCCAACGCUGUUAAACAGUGUCUCAGCUUCAUCUCUAUUAGAUAAAAGAACCGCUCGCGAGAAACUUGCAGCGCGCGAUCCGUUCACAAACGCGCCGGGCCUCGCGCGCCAGAGACCGGCGCCUGUCCUGAGGAUCAUCGGCCGAGCGCCUCCGACAGUCCCACCUGGCGAGCAUCACCCGCUCAAAUACAGCCAGCUUCCGGACGUGUCGGUGAUUUGCUCGCGCUCUGAAUUCGUCUUAAGGGUUAAAAGGCAUUUCUACGGUUUCUCGGCCGCCGCAGAGGAGCUGACGCUCGGAGAGACCUGCAAAAGCAACGGGGUCCUUGAGCCGCAUGACGGCCUGCUCUUCACGUACGCGCUCACCGACUGCCAGGGAGAACGCCAGGUGUUUCCUGGUUACGUUGCCUACAAAUAUGUCCUGCAUUACGUGCGACAAUUACACCGAAACUCAUUUCAUUAUGGCAAAGUCAACGUUGCCGUGGAGUGUCGAUAUAAAAGGGAACAGCUUGCGCACAGUCUGGUGGUGAGUACUACAUCUCGGACACUGUUGCGCAAACUUAUCCGGAGCAGAUCUGGUGACUUUUUGAUUCAGCUGAUGGACGAGUCCUGGUCUUCUCCAGUCAGGUCAGCUGUGUACCUUCUGGGACAGCAGGUGAACGUGCAGGUCUCCACGAGACAUCAUAACCGAGGGGUCCAGCUUUUUAUUAACAGCUGUUACGCGGCUGCUACAGUCAACACUUUGAGUCAAGCAUCCAAACACGGCAUCAUAGACAAUUAUGGGUGUUUACGGGAAAGCCGGAUGAAUUCAGGUGCUUCAAGAUUCAGGUUCUCUGGGGCAGAAAAUGUUGUUCAGUUCUCCUUUGGUGCUUUUCAGUUUAUUGAGGCUCCAGAUGCCAAGGUUGCUCUCCAUUGUGAGCUCUCCGUUUCUGCUGAUGGCCCUAGUCCAACGCAGAAGUCUUGUUUUUACAGUCACACCGAAAAAAGAUGGAUCUCUGUAUUUGGUCAAGAUUCUGUCUGUCACUGCUGUGAAUCCGUGUGUAACCAGACCAAAACCAAACGGAUAACGAAUGAAGGGUUUGUAAGCAGUGAUCAAGUACUCUACUCUGACCCUGUAACUUCUCCUUUUUCUACUUUGCCUUCCUCAACUCUGGAAUCCAAUCCCAUGGCUCAUAGAAAUGAUGAUGAUAUCUGGUUUGAAGACAAACUGACUAAAGAGCACCAGAGGUCGUACACCCACAAGGAUUUUGUUGGCCCCGUUACCCUAUCAUCAUCUGAAGAGGACCAUGAUAAGAGACCGCACACAGCAGAGUUCAUAGAGGAGGAAGAGAAACAUGGGGAUGUGGAGAUUUUUAUGGCUAUCAGUACAAGUACUGUAGAAUCUGAAAAGCUAGAUAUAGAACCCAUGGAGCAGCUUGACGUUGCAUCCUUGGAUUGGUUUGAAGAAAGGAAAAUGCAGAACAUGACCUCGAGUUACUCACCCAAGAAGGUUCAGAGAGUGGAAGUUCUUCAGAAGGACAAAGGUUCCACAAAUACGUCAGUUAUAGUCAAUAAAACCAUAGAGGAACAUCUUGAUAUAGAUGAAUCAAGAGUGGGAGAAGGGCAACUGGAUGAGGUGUUUCUGCCAUCCUUCAUCUCAGAUUCUAAAAAUAAAAAGGAAGGAUUACGCGUCCCUUUAUUUUCAACAUUGGAGGAGAAACCAGAGUUUCAACUUGGAUCUGAUGAGCUGAUAGAGCAGGGUGUUGUAAGAAAUCUAGACCUUGCCCGAGACUCAGAUGAUGAUUAUUUUUCAGAUGGAAUUGAAUAAAAAGUUAAAAACUUGAUUUUUUUUUUUUUUUUUUUUUUUUUCCCCAGAGUCACUAAAAUAUAUCUAGGGCCAGCUGCAUAAACUGCUUAGACUUCUUAAAAGUUUUUUUUUUUAAGCUUUUUAAAAUUAGUUGUAAUUUAAAAAGUAAGACUGUUUACGUCUUGGAUACCUCUUCACAGUCUUAACUAGUGGUUAUAUUUAUGCAACUGGCCUCUGAUUAGUUUAGGUUGGAGAGACACUACAAUUAUGUUUUAUCGCUAGAAUGAUUGUUUGAAAUCUCGUAUACAGUAAUUUAUACGAUUGGGUUAUGUAACGCUAAUGAAAUAUAUACUAUUUGUUAAAAGGUGUGUUUUUUUUUUUUUUUUUUACACAUAAAUCAAAGGGCCAUGCAAAGCCUACUAAUACUAGUAUUGCAGGAAAUGUUUUCUUGAUUGAUAAUCCAUGUAUUGAGAGAUAUUAAAUUACUUUUGCUGCAUGGUUUCCAUGGUAAUGCCUUUUUUUAUUCUUUAUACACAGCCUUUUCAACUCUUAAAUCUAAACACCCUGUUAACUGUAGUUUUUAGGGAAACCUGUUGAAUAUCUAGUGUCAUUAUGGGUAUUCAUGUACAUGUUUGGUCUUGCCCCCUGUGCUAUGAAAUUUCAAGACUUGUGGUUAAAAUCAGCUUAACUAUUAUCAUUUAGUGCACGUUUUCCUAUUCACAUCACAUCAGUUGUGGAUAUAAAAAGACAUUUUAUAUUCUUCACCCACCCAUAGGCCUUUUCAUGUCUAUGAUAAACCCCACAGGACCGCAAUGGUUGUAAAUCUGAAUGAACUGAUUGUGUCUACUGAUACUAUCUCUGCAACAAUUCUUUCUGAUUAUGUGUUUUCUGUUAACUUGAUGGUACUUUAAAAAAAAAAAAAAAAAUGAAAACAACAUGUAAAUGUUCAGACAGGAUCUGUGAAACAACACUGGUGAAAUACUUGGCAUGUAUUUUAUUUUUCUAGUGUUUUCUUAAUGUAAUAAGAUGCAAAUAUGACAUUCUGAAUAGAACAUUAGUAAUCUUACGAUCACUAAUAUGCCCGGUGGGUGAUUUAAAUCUCAAUACAAUGUAGUUUACAAAAAAAACUUUAUUGUGACAUUUCAACAAUAAAUAUAUUACUGAACAGUGUUAAUUUACUGCAAUGUCAUCAUUCCAACAAGUAAAAAAGUUGUUCACAAUGCUAAAUGGAAAUAAUCUCAAUAUUGAUUUUUUCACAGGAGAAAAUCAAUAAUGCGGCAUGUAACAAUAUGUUAUGCGUGACAAAUUCUGAGUUUAAGACUAUUUUUAGCACCAAAAUAUAUAUGUGGCCAGCCACAUGAACUGCUUAGACUUCAAAGUUUAAAAAGCUUCCAAUGCUUUUUUUUUUUUUUUUUUUUUUUUUACUUGAAAUCAGUAAAUGGAAGACUGUUCCAAUUUAAAUUGAAAUGUAGGACUGGUUACCUCUUGGCUAACUGGUGGCUGGCCAAACUAGAUUUUAAGGCACAGUCUAGUGAUUAUAUUUAUGCAACUGAAACUACAAUUAUCUGUAUUAUAGAGCACUAAAAUAGCUGUUUGAAAUGUUAAAUGCAGUAAUUUAUAGGAUUGGGUUAUGUAACACAAUAUAUACUAUAUAUAUAUAUAUAUAUAUAUAUAUAUAUAUAUAUAUAUAUAUAUAUAUAUACAAACAGUAUAAAAAAAUACAUCUUUCAUACAU